UUUGACUUACUGUAGUAAUCUUGGUUUCUAUAACAGGAAGAUCAAAAUGGAAAGCCUGUCUGAUGUUGCCUCCUUUUCAACUAAACUUCAAAACACUCUGAUCCAGUAUCAUAGCAUUGAAGAAGAUAAGUGGCGAGUUGCCAAGAAAAUGAAAGAUGUAACAGUUUGGAGAAAACCCUCAGAAGAGUUUAGUGGGUAUCUCUACAAAGCCCAAGGUGUUAUGGAUGAUGUUGUCAAUAGUGUAAUAGACCACAUACGCCCAGGGCCGUGGCGCUUGGAUUGGGACCGGUUAAUGACUUCACUGGAUAUUUUGGAGCACUUUGAAGAGAAUUGCUGUGUGAUGCGUUACACCACUGCUGGUCAACUUUUGAAUAUUAUUUCCCCAAGAGAGUUUGUUGAUUUCUCCUAUACUGUGGGCUAUGAAGAAGGACUUUUAUCCUGUGGAGUAAGUCUUGACUGGAGUGAAACGAGACCAGAAUUUGUUCGUGGCUAUAACUAUCCCUGGGGCUGGGUUUGUGUUCCAGUUAAAGACAAUCCAAGCCAGAGUCUUUUAACAGGCUAUAUUCAGACAGAUCUGCGUGGCAUGAUCCCUCAGUCUGCAGUAGAUACAGCAAUGGCAAGCACUUUAACCAACUUCUAUGGUGAUUUGCGAAAAGCUUUACGAAAGGCUUAAUAUGUUCAACUCAUAGUGCUGAGGUUUGCUGAGCCUGUUCUUCCCCUCAGCUGCAUGACCUGUAAAUGUCAUCAAUCCCAUCUGCUGCACAGCCUGUAAAAACAUUGGAGGUGUUUUGGGUUCCAUAGAACAAUCUCAUUUUAUAUUAAAAGUAAGUAGCUAUGUAAAUAGGUCAUUUAAAUUUUCUUAAGCUUUUGUUUGCACCCUGUUAUGUUGUGGAAGUGUGUCUAGGAAUGGAGAGGGUAAAACUCCAAGAUUUAGAAUGGGACCCUUUAGUGUGGUCUAUUCACAAAAGUGAAAAUAACACCUUGGGAGGAAGGUUUUGGCUGUUUGGAAAUUACAAGGUGUGCAAGCACAAUGCUAUUCAUGUUAUUUUGGAGCUUUUUGAACAUUUUGUAAAAUUUUAAUGGUUCUUAAUGUAAAUGUGCUUUACUCUUGAUAUGUUAUGUGAGUUUGCCAACAGCUUAGACAAAAGGAAAAAGUCCUCCAUAGUCUGUAAAGAUCAAGUCCAUUGUUCAUUUACUUGUACUAUUUUAUGUAUUAGAAAGACCACAAGCAACAAGAGAGUAGCCAUUCUUGUAACCAUAGGCACAAUUCAAUACAGUUUAAUUUUGAUAUCUAGGUAAUGUUCUGCAAAGCCUAUAAAAACAUACCUGUGUCUUUAUGUGCCAUUUAUUCUGGGAGUGAUUAAAAACAGCCAGGUAUACAUUGGUGACAUCACACUGAGCAGUAGCUGGCAUAGGAAACAAAUAGUGGUACCCCUCAUCACCAGCAGAAGGUCAUUGCUAAAAAGUGAAAUUUAUUGACUGCUCUACACAUACUCUUUUUUUUUUUUUUUUUUUUUAAUAUCACUGAACUUGCAGCGUUGGUGUGGAGCUGUAACAAAUGAAUCCUUAGAUUCAAUGGGAUGCUUGGAUGUCCUCCUUAUGACUAGAAUGAACUAUUAGUGGGGCUGUCUUAAGGGAACAUUUCUUCAUGAUUGUGGCAUUCCAAAUCAUUCUUUGACUUGAAUGUCUACCUGGUUUACUUCUAAAGUAGAAAUUUGUGUUGAUUGCAUGUCCACACAUACCUUUGUAUUUGUGUUCCUUGAGCUAUCUCGUUGUUUAGUGUCCACUCCUUCUGUAUUACUAUUUCUACUCUCCACUGCUGGGCACAUGUGUUUCCCUUUCCUUUUUCUGGUUGGUUGGUGGUGGGUGGGUUUGCUUUUUUUCUUUUGGCUAAUAUGGAGUAAAGUGAGCUCUGGAAAAAAAAUCUCAGGCAGGCAAGUUUCAAAAAGACUGACCAAAGUGCAUGAUGGUUCAGAUGUAUGGAGGAAUGGCUCAGGUGUAUGGAGGAAUGGCUCAGAUGCAUGGUUUGGCCUGUUUUGCAGGAGGUUGUUUCUCUAAGUGUAAAGUCAGUUCUUCCCAUUCUUUUUGACAGUCAAAAGUGAAGUUGGUUUUACUCUUUCUUAAAAAAUCUUUCUUGUACCUGGUGGUGAAGAUAUUUAUGGAGCAAAUGGUGGCAGCAUCAGCAUUCUGAGUGGCUAAUCUCAGAGUUUUUUUAUUGAACUAAUGCUUUCAAGAUCUGCCAGAAGCCAUUACCCCAGAGUCCUGUUUUCUAAGUUUAUUAACUAACUGCUAAGGUCCUUGUCUGAAUUGAUUGUAACUUUUCAACUGUUGGAUUUCUUUGCCACUUUUCUCUUUUGCAAUAAGGAAAGAAAAUGCAGUUGAGAGUGUCCAGUGAAGACUGUUAAUUGUUAACUGCUACCUGUGUCUUCUGUAACUUCAUCUGUUUUUACUGGUGUAGAGUACAAGGUCUCAUAUAUUCCAUUAUCUCAUAUAUCCUAUCACUGCAGUCCAAUUUAAGAGCAUUUCUGUAUACUCAUUUAACCAGAGUUUAUCCUAGUUGCCAGUACAGGAAAGGGGACGAGAAAGAUAACAUUAGAACUUGUUUGGUUUUGUUUCUAAGAGUAGAGAGAGGGGUGUGUGUGUGUUGUGUGUGUGUGUAUUUAAACUCAGGAACAUUUAUAAGUUUAAGUGUGUUUAUCUCAAGUAUUGUAAUAUAAAAAUACUGUAAAGUGAGGAUGAUAUUAGCAUAUAGUUAGGUCUGCUGCUUCUGUAGCUGUGUUAUCACAGAAAAAUAAUGCAAGCCAUAUAUGUAACUUAAAAUACCCUAGCAGAGGCUGGAGAGGUGUCAGUAGUAGUAGUAGAGUACCCGCUGGUCUUGCAGAAGUCCUGAUUCGGUUCCCAGCACCCACAUGGAGGCUUACAGCUGUCCAUAACUCCAGUUCUGGAGGAUCUGGUGCCGUCUGGCCUCUGCAGGCACUAGGCAUGCACACAGUGCACAUACAUACAUGCAGAGAAAACAUUCAUACGCAGAAAAAAAUAUACACCCAAAAUUCAUUUUAGCAGUGUUUUCUAACUCACUGUGUCUAAAAUAUUUCAAUAUGUAACUGAUGUUAAAAAUAAGCUAUUGAGAUACCUUAUGGGCUCUAUUAAUUCUUUGAAAUAGUAUGUGUAUUUUACUGCUGUAGACUAGCCAUAAUUGAAGCAUUCAUUAGUCACAUGAGGCCUAUAGCUAUUGUAAUGAACAAUUCUAUAGUAUGUGUAUCAUUUGCCUUGGUAUAAGAUGAAAUGGGCAAUUCAUGAAUGGCUUUCUUAAACAGAAAUCUUUUAUAGCCUAGCACUUUCAGGGCUUCCUGAAUAAGACAUAAGUAGUUUAGAAAUAUAAAUAAAUAAAUUACUUAUUCCCAGUAAAUUAAAAAUUAUUGCUUCAGAAUUAUUUUUGUUAAAUGUAGCUUUUGAUAGGACAUUGAAGGACAUGGAAGAGUAUCACCUACCACAUUACUGUGUAGUUGUUUCCUGUAGCUUAUAGCUUGUUGAGGAAAUGUGUGUGUUGGAAAUACUUGCUGUAAUGUUACCUUCAUGUAAAUGAAAUUUUGGUAGAAAAUACUGAUAUUUGUUGAAAAUUCUUGAUUAUUCAGUGAUUAAAGCAAUACUCAACAAAAAAAUAA